AAUCAAGAAAUUAAAAUUAUUAGAUAUUUAAACACAAAAACCAGGAUUUCUUGCUUAAAUAACCAAGAUAUAUAUACAUACACCAUCAAAAUCUCCCAUAAUUACUGCAGGCGAUUAGUGAGUGCACACACAGAUGACAGAGCCACCAUUGUCGUGCUUGUAAAAUAUCAUCCACAUGAUUCAAUUUGGUGAAAUCCGAUAUCCAUCCCUGCCAAAAACAAAACAGUUUUGUUUCUUCGGACGAAGGGGAAGCGAUGGAGUGUGGCAGGAUCCUGAUUGUUAUUGCCUUGUGCUCGCUGCUCCUUUUUCCUGUGAUUCAUGGCUGGAGCAAUGAUGGGCAUGUCACAGUCUGCAGAAUUGCUCAGUCUAGGCUGAGCAAGGCGGCGGCGGAUGCGGUGAAGCAACUGCUUCCAGACUAUGCAGAGAAUGACUGGAGCAGCCUGUGCAUAUGGGCGGAUCGUGUCAAGUUUAUUUUUCCCUGGUCAUCUGCCCUUCACUACAUUAACACUCCUGAAGUUUGCAGUUACCAGUACAGUAGGGACUGCAAAGAUGAGGAUGGAGAGAAGGGGCGUUGUGUUGCAGGGGCAAUUAACAAUUACACCACUCAGCUUCUGACCUACAAUAGCCAGUCGUCUCAACCUAAAUAUAACCUCACGCAGGCGUUUCUAUUUCUUUCCCAUUUCAUAGGAGACAUCCAUCAGCCUCUGCAUGUUGGUUUUGCUUCGGACAAGGGAGGCAACACAAUUGACGUUCACUGGUAUACGAGGAAGCAAAAUCUUCACCAUAUUUGGGAUGACAACAUAAUUGAGACCGCGGAAGAGAGGUUUUACGAUUCCAAUGUCGAAGAACUAGUUGACGCAAUUAAACAGAACAUUACGACUGAAUGGUCAGAUCAAGUUAAGGGUUGGGAGACCUGCGGCCUAAACAAGAAAGCAUGCCCCAACGUAUAUGCGUCUGAAGGUAUCAAAGCGGCUUGUGCUUGGGCAUACAAGGGUGCAGAUGAAGGUUCAGUGCUAGAAGAUGAAUACUUCCUCUCCCGGCUACCAAUAGUCCAUAAGCGGUUAGCUCAAGGUGGUGUCCGUUUAGCAGCUACCCUCAACCGAAUCUUCGGGUGACAGAACACUUGUUCUGCUUAAAGUUAAUAAGAUUUCCAGAAGCAUAUAUGCCUCCAAGUUUAAAGAUAUUGUACUUGUAGUUAUAUUUAGGUAUUGUUCUAGAAUUAUCUUUGUUUCACAAAUAUAAACCUUCAUAUAUCGUACUGCUUUCUUUU